AUGGCAGGUCACUUCGCAGGCUUGGGCUUUGGCUCGUCUGUGCCUACAGGCUGGGACGCAAUCGACUUCACCGACUUCACGGACCAGUACGAGCCGCAGGGAGAACUUGUUCAAGAAUAUCCAAGCCAGGCAGACGCCAUAAACAACUUCAACAUCCCGCUUCCUGUCUCGACAGGCGAACCGGCGUACCAGGCAUUCUCACAGAGCCAGAGCGUCACUCCAGCGCCAAAUGUCGCGCAAAGCCAGAACCAACUGUCGCCUCCGCUGCCACCAGCUCCUGCACAACAGCAACAACGACCGGCUGUUCAAGCAGGUACGAAGAGGAAGGCCGACACAGAAUCUCCUUCAGCCGCACAGCAAAAUAGUGCCGCAGCGGAGAACCCCCCGAAGCGCCAGAACGUGUCGCGACCACCAUCCGACGCCUCAGCUGCUUCGCCAGCCGUCACAGCCACGGCUGACGCUCAAACGCCGACCAUGACGCGCACCGCUGCCACCUCCGAAGCCACACCCCGACAAGUGUCACGAGAGGACACAAAUACAGAGCGACGGAAGGAGCAGAGUAAAGGUACGGGGCCACAGGGAAGGGUCAUCGAUGUCUCGACACCGCGUAGAGUGCCUGGUUCGCCCGGCGCACUCGACAUCCUUCCUGCCGGCAAGGUGUUCCCAAUACAGAUUGGGUCGGAGCUGUUCAGACUGUCAGGAGCGUCGAUUUCGUCAGAUGCACCCUCACACUUUUCGCAUUUCUUCGGCCAGCAACUGCAUGACAAUGGCGGUCGUGCCGGUGACGUGAGGACGCUGUACAUCGACCGCGAUCCGGAUACGUUUCGCGAUAUCGCGCUCCACCUCCAGGGCUACCACAUCACACCGAGAGAUGGCGAACAUUUUGUUAAGCUGUAUGCUGAUGCGCAGUUCUACUCGCUGCCUCGUCUCACCAAACAGCUGUUCAGCACCGACAUCUUCGUGCGCAUCGGAGGAACACCCUUCCAGAUACAACGCGAUCUCUUCUCUGCCCCGGGAGACAGCCCGAACUAUUUCUCGCUAGGCUUUGCGCAUUUUUUCUCGACGCCAAACGAGGCGUUUCCGGGACUAGAUCGCGAUGCCCUGCUUCGACCGCCGUCUAUCAAGCCUCCUUCGGUGCCGAGCAGAGAUGGGGAGGUCUUUCGCGAGCUGAUACAAUUAUUACAGGGCUACAAUAUCGAGAUCCGGAACGACGCACAUCGCUCUCGCCUGCUGAGGGAUGCGCGAUACUUCCAUCUCAAGGGCCUAGAGCAAAAGCUCAUACCCUGCGACAUAUCGUAUAACCUAAAACGGCAAGAGUCUGAGAUUCUAAUUCGUCUUGAAGACAUUCGACAAUCGGGCAUCUCCUUCACUCCAGAUAAAGACUCCAGCGAGUCUGGUUCAGGAAGCGAGUCGGGUUCGGAGACCGUAUCUGGUGCGCAGUCAACAAGCGUCCCACCAAACCCUCUACUCGUCAACAGUGUUGCAAGCCCCGCCCCAUCAACGGCAAGCAGCAGUGCAGUUUCGAAGGCGGGAUAUGUGUCGUACGCUCGACCAUAUACGGACGACCAUGCGCAAAGCAACAUCCUCGUCGUUGAAGUUGCGUCAACGGAGGCAACAACGCUAUAUCUUCCAAGGAACAAUAUCGACACUUUCGAGGCUGAAUCGGGCGACUAUGGAAUUGAACUUCGUGCAACGUUCCAUGAUUCCACUCUCGCACGAAUGACCUCCCUCUUCUCCGUCAUAGCUUCCAAGAUGGGUUUACCCGCUACACAACCGUUAGGACUGAUGUUCUUACAAUCCGGUGCCGGAGUCGCCGCCCAGCCUGUCAGCCCGGCCAAUUCAGGCGUCAGCGAACGUCGCGUGCGUGUACGGCUCGAUCGAGACACCGCUCUCGAAGUCGACGGAUCGCCAGCGGAGCUCUCAGUCGACGAAUACCACCACGACGGCAUUCGCAGCAUAAACCACAAUGACAAAUGGUUUUGGGCUGAUGAUGGAGGCCCAUCCUUCCACGACGACAAAGACGAACAAUGGACAGUCAGACGCGCGCACUGGCGCAUCCGCGUCGAACCUGUUAAGGGCGACACCGAGGGAAAGAGGAUGCAAGUCAUCUUGUGCGCGGUGAAGCUUGAAGCUUUUACCAAACAACGGCCACGCAAUUCUUCGAGGAAGUUCCUGGGUGGUCGCUAG